AGCGUCUGUGCCGGAGCCGGCUUUGAGACAAACUAAAAAACAGCGGAGGGACGCAGGUGCUGUGGAUUUUAAACCUGUUCGUGUCAAGAGGAGAUGGAUUUAUAGAGCUUGUGAACUUUGGAAGGAAUUUACUACACAUGCAAAAGAGAUAAACAGAUCCUGCUUGGCAUCAGGGAUGGCUGGAGAAACUGAGGUCUCUGAAAUCUCGUCUUGAACACUGUUUGAUCUGCGCCCGAGAGUCGGAAACCCUGGAAGUUUAAUAAUUGAGAUGGGAGGUUGAGACACAUUACGCAUGAUUUAACAGGCAAAAAGAUACAGCUCAGGAAGGUUAACCUCAAAGACAUCUGUUAAACCUGAUUACACCUGAGACGGGAGGGGAAAUGACUUACUGCAGGCUGAAUUAAAGGAGUAACCUGUGAUGUCAGACCUCACCUGGGGCAGUCGUCUGAGACUCUGCUGAGUAGACUUCAUUUCCAGGUGUUCAUUUCCCACACCAGACUUGACUCACCUGACAUCAUCCCCUCCUUGUGUGAGCUCGCCCCUCAGCUCAUUUUCUCACCUCAUCUCUCGGUAAUCCCUGCUCUCAAACCCACCGCCACCAUCUCUCGUUUUCCUCCCCAUGGAGCCACUCGAGAGGCAGGAGAAGAGACGCUGAUUAAUGUGACUCCGUGUCUGAUUCCACAGCACUAGAAAUAGAAAGAAAAAGCGGCAAUACUUCUGAACUAUCGUCAACAAAAAGAGGCAUCAUGUGGAAUCAAUCUGGAUACUGCAAUCACAUUCCUCAUCAUGGAUAUCCCUUCUACCAUUCACCCUGCAGUCAUAACCAGAGGACCACGGCGUUUCGCCAUCCUGUGAGCGGGCAGAUCUCUGCGGAGAACAUGGAUUUCAUCCUGCAGGAACAGCCCCAGGGAGCUUCCUUGUUGUCCAAACCGGCCGUUGAGCUGCUGUCCAGCACCUCCGUCAGCGAGGCGUCCACCGCCAUCACCUCCUCCACCGUGGACACCACCUCCAAGGGCUCCCGAUCAGGUGGCAGGGUGCACAGCUUUGGGAAGAGAGAGCAGGCCAUCAAAAGAAAUCCCAACGUCCCCGUGGUGGUCCGAGGAUGGCUCUACAAACAGGACAGCUCUGGGAUGCGUCUCUGGAAGAGGAAGUGGUUCGUCUUGGCUGAUUUCUGUCUGUUCUAUUACAAAGACAGCAGAGAGGAGUCGGUGCUCGGCAGUAUUCCUCUGCCCAGCUAUGUCAUUUCCCCCGUGGGAGCUGAGGACCACAUCAGCCGCAAGUAUGCCUUCAAGGCUAGCCACACUGGUAUGCGCUCGUACAUUUACAUGCAGAGCUCUGUGAUUGGCUCGCAGGCGGAGCACACGGGGAUGCGGACGUAUUACUUCAGCGCUGACACCCAGGAGGACAUGAACACCUGGCUGAGGGCCAUGGACCAGGCCACGCUGAUGCAGAACAGCAGCAACACACUCAUCAGAACGUCUGAUAAGCUGGAGACGUUUGACAUGUUGCAGCAGCAGGCCGUCCCGCAGACGAACCACGUGACCCUCCAUCAGGACCCUGACAGACCCGUGGUCCACGAGGUUCUGCUGGAGCCCAUCCACCGGGCCUCAGAGGAGCGCUGCAGCCUCCACAAGUACUCUCCUGCCUCCACCACGCUGGAGCACCCCAUAGGAAGCACCGCCCUGGAGAUGGACACGCACACCUCCCUCCCCUCCAACCCCGCGCCCUCCGCCCUCCCACAGCUGGACCACGUCUCGGCCUCUGCGCCUGUCUCCAGGGUGCCGUCCCGGGCCCCGUCUCGAGCCGCCUCCACCCUGCCCUCCAGCAUCUGCACCAGGAACGGCCUGGUGUCCACGCCCAGCCCCAUCCUGGAGCCCAAUGGGAUCGCAGCGGGGACGUACCAGCGGGCGCCGGCUGACUCUCACAGGCUGCUGCACAGGAGGAGCACUCUGGAGCAGGUGGAGCAGUGGGUCAAAGUGCAGAAGGCUGAUCACAAAGGCCCCCCCUCCAGAGAGAACACCCUCCCUCGUCGCACACCACCGACCCAGCACAAGUUCACCACACCAGACGCGUACCAGACGCUGCCAAAGACCCCUCGCCAGAGCCCCACGCCCGCCCGGCUCGGAGAGUACAAGUACGCCCAGGACCGCCUCAGCCACUUCCGCCUGGCCCCCGACCCGGGACCCAACAUGGGGUCCAACCCGGGGCCCGGCACCGUGUGGCAGCUGUACGAGUGGCAGCAGCGGCACCAGUACCGGCACGGCAGCCCCACGGCACCGCUCUACACCCCGGCCCCCGACUACCCAUUCGGCCCCCGACCUCCAUCCACCGUGCCUCAAGCACCCAGGUCUGAAGGGCCCCCCCGCUGUGUCUCGGUACCCCCCACAGAUGCAGAUAUCCCUCCACCCGGACCUCCACCUGGCUCCAGCAGAACCCUGUCGCCCACACGCAGACCACACACUCCGGCUGGGCGCGUGACGGUCAGACCGGCGGGGGAACGGUCGGUGCUGGACGGCCCCUUCGCUGUGUCCCCCCGCAGGAGCAAGUCUCAGAUGCUCAAGGCUUCUACUAUUGAGAGACGGUCAAUGCCUCCAUCUGGCUACAUCACACACACCGUCAGCGCUCCCAGCCUUCAUGGCAAAACGAGUGAUGACACCUACAUGCAGCUCAAGAAGGACUUGGAGUAUCUGGACCUGAAGGUAGCUGGAGGUCAGAAGGAGGCAGGGAAACCUGUCAAGGUUGCAGAAAGUGACGUGGAUGUGAAGCUGAGUCGGCUGUGUGAGCAGGAUAAGAUCCUCAAAGAUCUGGAGGCGACCAUCAGCUCUCUGAAGGAAGAUAAGGAUAAGUUGGAGAGUGUGCUGGACGUGUCCCACCAGCAGAUGGAGCUGUACCAUGACCAGCCGGCCCACGCUCAGAAGAUCUCCUACCAGCAGAGGCUGCUGCAGGAGGACCUGGUGUCCAUCCGGGCACAAAUAUCACGCCUCUCCACGGAGAUGGCUCAGGCCUGGGAGGAGUACAACCGGCUGGAGAGGUCCAUGGAGCAGCUGAGGACGGCGCUGCAGGCUCACAUGAACCACAGUGCCACCCCUCAGCAGGAGAAAGGAGAGAUGAAGCGCGAGCUGUGGAGGAUCGAGGACGUGAUGGGGGGGCUGAGUGCCAGCAAAGCCAACUACAAGAUCACCAUCGACUCUGUCCAGAACCCAGAGAGGAAACUAGUGCCUUCGGUGUCGGACCGCUCCGUGCCUUCUCUCAGCGCCGAGGUCCAGCCUCCGCCUCGCAGCUCCGUCCCCAACGCCCGCUCCCAAACGCUGCCUCACAGCACCGUGCCAAAGUGGGCCGAGGACAGCGCCCCCCCCAGGCCUCCCCUCCCUCACCUCUACGACAGCGAGGACCCGCCCCCCGUGGUGCCGCCGCUCCCCAAAGAGGCGUCCGUCAUCCGCCACAUGUCGGUGCGAGGGCUGAAGCGCCAAUCAGACGAGAGGAAGAGGGACCGGGAGGGCGGGCAGUACGUCGCCAACGGAGAGACGGACAUGCGGUCGUACCUGAGUGAACCAGAGCUGCCAGCCCUGAGCACGGAGGCCGACAUGGACUACCUGUACUUCCAGGGCAAAGGUCUGUCAGGCCCCUCAUCUCGCCUGAACCAGUCCAACUAUAUCGCGUCCUACGUCACCCUGAGGAGGGGUGCUGGGGGCUCUGCAGCCAGGGAGAGACCUAAGAGUGCCUUGGAGCUCCUGUCGUCUCCUCCGGACGUCCUGCAGCUGUCGGGCGCUCAGCCUCGGGGCCGCAUGACGGCAGAGGAGCAACUGGAACGGAUGAAGCGCCACCAGAAGGCGCUAGUUCGCGAGCGCAAGAGGAACCUGAGCCAGGAGCGCUCCUCCUCCACCGCCCAGCGCUCCUCCUCCUCCUCCAGGCUGCCCGCCAACACCUCGGACCCCCCGGCCUCCGUGUUUGACUGGAAGGAGGAGCGUCUGGCUGCAGAGGGUCAGAGCGAUGAAGGGUGGAGCCAGGCCAAGGAGAGAGGGAGGAUCCAAUCAGAUGAGAGAGGGAGGAUCCAAUCAGAUGAGUGGGUGACGGUCACAGCCACACACAUACGAGAGGUGGAUGUGGAGCCUCUGGACUACGACCUGGAUAUCAGCCGGGAGCUGUGCAAACCUCAGAAGGUUCCCAUCCCAGAGCGCUACGUGGAGUCGGACCCUGACGAGCCUCUGAGUCCGGAGGAGCAGGAGGAGCGCGGCCGCCGGACGCAGCGCAUCAAGAACCUGCUCGCUAAGUCCAGUUAUCAGAACAGACAGCCGUCCGCUCCGCUGGACUUCGGUGAUCUGGACGCAGCUCUGCAGCAGCAGGAGAGGAUCAUGAGCGUGUCGCACGCUCUGGCCUCCGAGGCCUCACGCAAGAGCAAGCUGGUGGCAGGCUCUGAGUGGAUGGAGAGUUGGUGAACAUGUCUCCAGCCAAAGCCUCUGCAGAGCUCUGACCUGCAGGACCACAGAAGAGGAGCUUCCUGGGGGGGGGGGGGGUCG